AUGAACGAGGAAGUCCUCUCGAAGCUGUCAGAGGUUUUGGAACAGCAGCAAACGUCCUGCACAAACCUCGAGCUCUUGCAGAACCAGCUUCGGGAGUGGCGGCACUCGGUUGAUGCACUGCUUGGUCUCCACAGUCAGACUUCUGGCGCGCAUCGAGGGCCCCUCCAGCAGCAAGCUGCGCCGGCCACGUCCAAGACGCGUGCCUCCGCGCAGGUCCAGUUUCGUGCCCCUGCGAUCGCCAGGGCAUUCGGUUCAGACGCCGAUAGCGACCUGAUCAUGGACUCCGUCAUGCUGAACGAGACAGCUGCACGCAAGAUGGACCCAGUUGAAGCCGUAACGGAGCUUCCCAGCCCCAUUGAUGACAGUGAUGGAGUGGGGCAUCGCAGGUCCUUGAGCUCACAGUCGUUGCUCCAGCCCCGGAAGUCCGUCGUCCAAAACCUUCCCACCGGACCGCUGCGGAAGUUGGUGUCAGAGGUGCUUCAUGAUGCCGAGGUGACAACCCAGAAGCCGUCGCGAGUAGAGGCCUUUCGCCAGAGCGUCGCAGCGAUUGUCAAUUCGAGCCUUUUCGAGUUUGUUGCGGGCAUUCUGAUCCUUCUGAACUUGAUCUUCAUCGGCAUCGAGGCCCAGGUCUCUUUGCAGACCGGCGAGGUCUACGCAGAGAAUUUCUGGCCUGGAGGAGUUGAGCGGAUCUUCCUCGUCCUUUACACCAUCGAAGCGACGCUGCGCGUCACUGGCUUGGGCUGUGCAGCCUUCAAAGACUUGUGGUUCUUGAUGGACCUCACGCUGAUCAUGAUCGGAGCUUUGGCGCUGGAGAUUGUUCCUCGAGUCGCGGGCCCGGGAACGGAGGCGGAAAGCUUCUACUCCGUGCUGGUGGUGCGAGGCUUUCGUCUGUUCAGGUUAGUGAGAGCACUUCGCAUGCUCCGGCACUUCAAGCUGAUUUGGAGACUGGUGUAUGGCAUGUUGGCAGCCGGACAGACCAUCAUCUCGACAACAGCGCUGAUUGCAAUCUUCUUAUUCAUUUUCUCAUGUGUUGCGGUGGAGCUCAUCUCAAAAGACAGGAAUCUGACGGAGUCGGAGCCGACCAGAGACAUCGUCAGAGAUUACUUCUCUGGCCUGAAUAGUACAUUCUUGACACUGAUACAGUUUGUGACCUUAGAUUCCAUCGCAGAAGUCUACUAUCCGCUGAUCAUGAAUAAGCCCUGGCUCACUUUCUAUUUCAUGCCGCUCUUGAUCUUCCUUUCAGUGGGCUUGAUGAAUUUGGUGACCGCAGCCUUGGUCGAGAAUGCCAUGGAGACGGCGGCCCACGAAGCGGAGGAGGAGCGGCAGAAGCUGAAGAAGAGGGUUCAGAGCGCACUGCCAUCCCUGAUCGAGAUUUUCCAUGAGCUGGACAAAGAUCGGAGUGGCUUGCUGACGCGCGAAGAGGUGGAGAACGUGCCGCUAAGCGUAUUGCCUCCCCGGGUCUUGGACACGAUCUAUGCAGACAGUAUGGCCGACAUCUUUGAUUACUUGGAUGUCGAUGGCACGAAACAGCUCACACAGAUUGAGUUCGUUGAGGGCUUGCUGAACCUGUGUUUGAUGGAUACACCCAUCUCGACGCUCCAGUCCCUUAAACUCCUGCAGCUGAUCCGUUCGGUCGUCGGCCAGGUGGAAACUGAGAUGUCCACUCUCAGGCGAGAGAUGCAAAAGCUGCGGCUUUUCAUGACCACGGUCAGCAUGUGA